GUACAUGUCUGACUCACUCCUCGGAGAAUAAACCUGAUGUGGCUGUGCUAUGCCGCAUGUCUAGAUUUUGGUUACUUCCCCCACCUAGUAAUGCAAGUCUUUUGCUCGUGAAAAUGAUGUCCAUCACUCGACACGCAAGGAACAUCUUGAUUUUGGACAGAAGCUUUGGGGGAGCUAUAUCAAGAGGUUAUGCGACAGUAACCGAGUUGCCCCGACCCCCUCCUCCUACCGCAGAACCUCAUGUCGAGACGUUCUCUGCACCAUCGAAACCAAGACUAUAUUAUACUAGACCUCCUCUUAAGGCUGACCUUCCUCGCGUUCAGAAACGUUGGCCGUUCAUUCUUGCAUUCGCCACCCUCGGUGUUUCUGCUUGGGCUGCAUUUUUACUCUUCGCGACAAACCAAGAGAAACUAUCGAGUUCUGUUGUAAAGCGAAUAAUGCAGACGGUUAGGGAUAAUGAAGAACUGAAGGAGAUGCUGGGAGAUGCGAUCCGACCUGAACCUGCCUGGUACUUGAAUGGCGACCCUUGGAUAAAUGGCUCGAUCAACCUCCCACAAGGCAACGUGGAUCUAAGUUUCCGUCUAAAGGGCCACUUGGGCUCCGGCACUCUUUAUUUUACGAGUAUUCGGAAAGCCAAAGGACAGCCGUUCACUCCGCUGAGGUUCCGCGUCAUCGGGGAUGAUAAGAGAAUUGUGAAUUUAUCCUCUCAUACUUCAAGUUCGGCCAUGAGCGCCGAGCGUUUGUAACCUUUGUCAUUCCCCAACGUGGGUUAUUUGAGCCACAUCCUCAAGAAAACCUUGGCUGCGUUUCUUGCAGCGUACGUCAGCGGUAUAUAAUCACUGUCCUUCAUUGCAGAACAUACAAGUAAUAGCCUUGUUGGGGGUCCCGUAAGACACCCUUAAUACAACCUCAAUAACACUAUUGUGUCAUUCAAAAGCGUUGGCUGGCCCAUGCAUCUCGAAUUUUAUCUGAGUUUGAGGUGUUAAAUUUUCAUCUCGCCCGAGGGGUGCUCUUGUAAGG